CAUCAUCAUCACGCAGAAAUCUCUUGAUUCACAAUGAGUUUCUGCAAAUUGGUUUCUUUUGUUUUGAUCCUUCACUUACUCAACUCGUGUCUGAUUUCAUGUUCCUCGAAUGAGUUGUCUCAAAUUCCUAAAAAGUUCCUUAGUCUAGCUAAAAGAGAUGAUUUUUUCGAUUGGAUGGUUGGAAUAAGAAGGAGGAUCCACGAGAACCCAGAAUUAGGUUACGAGGAAGUAGAGACAUCUAAGCUAGUCAGGACAGAAUUGGAGAAGAUGGAUGUGUCUUAUAAGUAUCCAGUUGCUGUAACUGGUGUUAUUGGAUAUGUUGGAACUGGUCAUGCCCCCUUUGUUGCUUUGAGGGCUGAUAUGGAUGCACUUCCUAUUCAGGAAAUGGUGGAAUGGGAACACAAGAGUAAGAUUCCCGGGAAGAUGCACGCUUGCGGUCAUGACGCUCACACUACGAUGCUCCUCGGUGCUGCAAAGUUGCUAAAAGAACACCAAGAGGAGCUACAGGGUACAGUGAUUCUGGUUUUCCAACCAGCUGAGGAAGGAGGAGCAGGUGCAAAGAAAAUCGUGGAGGCUGGAGUGUUGGAGAAUGUGGGUGCAAUCUUUGGAUUACAUGUUUCCAAUCUAUUGGGAUUAGGUCAAGUUAGCUCAAGAGAGGGUCUAUUGAUGGCUGGUAGUGGACGUUUCAAAGCUAAGAUAAGCGGGAAAGGAGGUCAUGCGGCUCUUCCUCAAUUCGCCAUAGAUCCAGUAUUGGCAGCUUCAAAUGUUAUUCUGAGCUUACAACACCUCGUUUCGCGAGAGGCAGAUCCUUUAGACUCGCAGGUGGUUACAGUUGCUAUAUUUGAAGGCAGUGAUGCUUUUAAUGUCAUUCCCGACUUUGUUACUAUCGGUGGCACAUUCCGAGCCCUUUUACCUAAAAGUUUUGAGCAACUCAAGCAAAGAAUUGAGCAGGUCAUCACAACGCAAGCAAGCGUAAAUAUGUGUAAUGCAACAGUUGACUUUCUUGAAGAUGAGACUCCUCCUUUCCCUCCCACUGAGAACGACAAAGCCUUGCACCUGUUUUACGAGAACGUUUCAGUGGAUAUGUUAGGGAUUGAGAAUUAUGUUGAGACGCGACCAGUGAUGGUAUCAGAGGAUUUCGCUUUCUACCGAGAAGCAACGCGGGGACAUUUUAGCUUUGUUGGGAUGCAGAACAAAUCUCAUUCACCAAUGGCGAACCCUCACUCUCCAUAUUUUGAAGUUAAUGAAGAAUUACUCCCUUAUGGUGCUUCCCUUCUUGCUUCUUUGGCCACAAGAUAUCUUCUUGAGUCGUCUUCAUCGCCAAAUAAAAGUUACAUAAAAGAUGAACUUUGAUACCAACGUUGGAUCUCUCUUCUUCAUCUCAUCUACCUAUCGAAAAUGUCAACCAUGGUUACAUGGUAACAGUUUAUUUUAUGUAAUUCUCAGUUGUCAAAUCAAUAAAAUAAAAGGCAGUGUCAAGC